AGUGCAGGAGCCAGGAGCCAGGAGCAGGAGGAGGAGGGUGGGUUGCAGGAAGAAAGCUAGAGAAAUCUUAAGAUUUAAGAGUGAUUUAAAGGACUACCGAGAAGAAAUUAUUUCCGAGGUUCGUCUUCAUCCAUUCUCAGGCGAACUGCUUGCAAUAAAAUAAAUCCGGCAAAGUUAUCUGGAUAGUUCUCAGACCAAAAUUUAGCAGCAGAAAGCGAAGAUUUUUCAAAAACUCCAAGCACUCUUAUUUUGAAAAACUGCAUUUCCGGCGGUUCACUUGGAAAUCUUGCCUUGGUUGCUGCCUUCACACUGCUUAUCAAGACUAGGGUCCGACAUCGCCGCUCUCGCCAUGGCAGGAGCCGGAGGCGGGGGAAACGAUGUGCAGUGGUGCUUUUCACAAGUGAAAGGGGCGAUCGAUGAUGACGUCGCUGAAGCCGACAUCAUCUCUACUGUGGAGUUCAACCACUCAGGGGAGCUGUUAGCCACAGGGGACAAAGGCGGACGAGUUGUCAUCUUCCAGCAAGAGACCGAGAACAAGAGUCAGCCACAGUGCCGUAGUGAAUACAAUGUUUACAGCACAUUUCAGAGCCACGAGCCUGAAUUUGACUACCUGAAGAGCUUGGAAAUCGAGGAAAAGAUUAACAAGAUCCGCUGGCUACCACAAAAAAAUGCUGCACAAUUUUUAUUGUCCACAAAUGAUAAGACUAUAAAGUUGUGGAAGAUCAGUGAACGUGACAAGAGACCAGAGGGAUACAAUCUUAAAGAGGAGGAUGGGCGCUACAGAGAUGCUGCUAACAUCACAUCUCUACGGGUUCCAAUAUUUAGGCCUAUGGAUCUCAUGGUGGAGGCCAGCCCGCGGAGGGUCUUUGCCAACGCCCACACCUAUCACAUCAACUCCAUCUCGGUCAACAGCGACAAUGAGACCUAUCUGUCAGCAGACGACCUGCGGAUCAACCUGUGGCACUUGGAGAUCACAGACCGCAGCUUUAACAUUGUGGACAUAAAACCAGCCAAUAUGGAGGAGCUGACGGAGGUGAUCACAGCCGCAGAGUUCCACCCUCACCAAUGUAAUACGUUUGUCUACAGCAGCAGCAAAGGCACCAUCCGCCUUUGUGACAUGCGUGCAUCAGCACUUUGUGACAAGCAUUCUAAAUUGUUUGAGGAGCCUGAAGACCCCAGCAACCGCUCUUUCUUUUCUGAAAUCAUCUCCUCCAUCUCAGACGUGAAAUUUAGUCACAACGGCCGCUACAUGAUGACCCGAGACUACCUGUCUGUCAAAAUCUGGGACCUAAAUAUGGAGAGUCGACCCGUUGAGACAUACCAGGUUCACGAGUAUCUCAGGAGUAAGUUGUGCUCUCUCUAUGAGAACGACUGCAUCUUUGACAAAUUCGAAUGCUGCUGGAACGGAAAUGACAGUGUGGUGAUGACUGGAUCCUACAACAACUUCUUCAGAAUGUUGGACCGUUCCCAGCGGCGGGACGUCACCCUGGAGGCUUCGCGCGAGAGCUGCAAGCCUCGGCAGGUCCUGAAGCCGCGUAGGGUUUGCGCGGGCGGCAAGCGGAAGAAGGACGAGAUCAGCGUGGACAGCCUGGACUUCAACAAGAAGAUCCUACACACCGCCUGGCACCCGCAGGAAAAUAUCAUCGCCGUGGCAACCACCAACAACCUCUACAUCUUCCAGGAAAAAGUGAACUAAUACUGUCGUCAUGGGGAAAGAAAACCUCCGAACCUCUCUCUCUCUGUGGAAACAAAAAAAAAGAUGAACUGCAAAAAUCAUUUCUGUAACAAUCACCAUCAUAUUUACCAACCAUGGUCUACUCCAGGACAGGAUGAACUAGGCGAUCCAACUUGGGGCUACCAAUGCUUUAACUGGUUCAGGCUGGUCUGGAGAAGAGCGCAACCUGGCUUUGGCCUCUGUGGCACCAUGACAUGCGCCUCGCUCUGGUGAUGUUGUGCCAACCUGUGUCUGUACCCUCCAGCCCUUUUCCCUUUACCCACAAGUCUGAGCCCAGGUACGAAAUGGGCAGCAAUCUUUCAAAUGGGAGGAAAUGGCAAGAUUUCAAUCAUAGUUUUUUUUUUUUUUUUAGUUUUUUUUUUAGUUUUUUUGGCUUUGGUUUAUUCAAGGUGUCUGUAUAAAAACUAAUUUGAACUCAUGUGGAUGUGUCCCUGUGUCCUUUAAUCCUCGAUAUGUUGUUUGUGCCAUUGUAAGCGUUUUUUAAUCUUCUCAGAGAAACUGCCAAGUUGUUUAGCUUGUUUUAAUUCUGUUUCAAGAAUAUGUGUUUAAUUUUUUUUUAGUUUACUACUUUUUACAUUUCAUAAUGUCCCAUUAUACUCCAUACAGCUACAAAUGGUUUCAGCCGUGUUUCUUUUAAGAAAUCCACGCACUCAUACCCACUUCAUCACAUUGGCCCAAAGAGCUUUUCCUGUUCUUUUCUGUGGCACAGACGUGCCGUGUUUGCUGUAGUAGUCUUAAAGCUACACUUGUUCAAGCACAUAACACUCCAGUUGGACUGCUCACUCAUUCAGCCUUACAGGGUUUAUUUUCCUCUGUGGUUCAUGCCCGUCUACACUCUCUCUAUCUCAAGAGAUACACGUUGAGAAAGAUUAUAGAGAUUAUGAUAAUGAAAUGGUAUUUAUAAACGGAACAAACAAUUAAA